UUGUAUUGCGCAAUUUGACAACGAGAAUGUUAUACAAUAUAACUAUAUGAAAGAAUUUUUCAUUCAUUGUUAGUUGUCUUUUAUACUUAAAUUAAAAAAUACCAUGACAAAAACUAUAUUAAAAAAUAAAACAUACAAUCAAUAUAUUGAUAAUAUUAAAAAUGGUUAUCAAUCUAAAGAUUCUGAACACGAAAUCGUUGAUUUAAGAAAUAAAUUAAAAAAUGUAAUUGAUACAAAUACUAUAUUUUGUAGUUUUGAGUUUAUGCGUGUAGAAAACAAUGAUUUUUAUCAAAGCUUUUUUAUGAAAAUGAAUAAAUAUCAUCCACUUUUUUAUGCAUUAACAUGGAAACAUAUGAAAAAUGAAAUAAAAAAUUAUUUGUCUUCAGAUAUAUAUAAUAUACUUCCCAAUAAUAUACUUUUACAUCUUGCAUCUAAUGACUUAACUCGCAAUGAUGUAAAAAUUAUACUAAAGAAAACAUUAGAUCAUGGUAUACGUAAUAUUUUUGUAUUAAAGGGUGAUUCAUCAAAUCCAGAUAGUGAGUUUCCAUAUGCAGUUGAUUUAGUACGUUUUAUAAGGAAUCAAUUUGGUGAAAUAUUUUGCAUUUGCGUUGCUGGUUAUCCAGAAAUGCAUCCAAAAUCCUUAUCUAAAGAAAUGGAUUUAGUUUAUUUGAAAGAAAAAGUUGAUGCAGGAGCAGAUUUUAUAAUAACACAAAUUUUCUUUGAAGCAAACAUAUUUAUUAAAUUUGUGAAUGAUUGUAAACAAAUUGGAAUUAAUGUUCCAAUUAUACCAGGUAUAUUUCCAAUUCCAAAUUAUACAUGUUUUCAAAAAAUGGCAAAAAUUUGUAAUGUUAAAAUACCUGAAAUUAUUUUAAAUGAUUUGCAAUGUAUAAAAGAUAAUGAUGAAGAAGUUCGUAUUUAUGGAAUAGAAUUAUUUAAAACUAUUAUAAAAGAUAUUAUUGCAAGUACAACUACUUGUGGCUUCCAUUUUUUUACAUUGAAUAAACCAUUAUUAUCAUCAGAGAUAUGUGAUAAACUUGGUAUUUUUUAUUAAUUUUAUGAAAUAGAAGAAAUUCAAAUGAUUAAAUAAUUAUAUUAUAAAAAUGAAAAAUUAUAAAUGUCAAAACUUAUGUAUGUAUAUAUAAUGUUGUUAAAAAAUGUUAAUAAUUUUCUUUACAUAUAUAUGAUACGUUUAAAUAUAUUUAUAUUUCGCGCCAAAUUUAACAUCAAUUACCAAUUAUCAAAUUUCCCUAUACUGGAACAAUAUCACAAUAUUGAAAUAUUUAAUUCAUUGUAUAAAUAACAUUGAAAUCUUUAUUAAAAUUUAUUAUGCAUU